AUGGAGGCACUAGAAAAUGUGCUCGGCGUGAAGUUCGAUAAUCUGGAUGCUUUUGAUGAGGCUAGUCGUAGUUGGACAGAUUCCGAAAAGGCAUACUUGGCGAAUUGCCAUGAUCAAAGGUUCCAAGCUAACAAUAGCCUAUGGAAGGAGCUGGAUAUUUUGAAGGAAAAGCAUAAGAAAGUUCAAAUGACCUUGAACGACGUGAUUCCACCUUUGCGGGAGUACAUCGAAAGUUUCAACCAACAGCUCACCGACUUCACAAGCGACCUGGGAUUUAUCAGAAAUAAAUCCUCUGAACUUAAGUCGUUGCUAGAGUAUAACUCUACGAAGCUGGCAAAUGUUAGCCCUCUAGUCAACGAUCUUAUGUUAUCGCCGUCAGUUAUCAACGACAUCGUUCACGGGAAGGUAAAUGAACCAUGGUUAGAUGGGAUCGCAUAUCUCAAAGAUAAACAGCAGAUAUAUGCAAAGUAUCUGAAUUCCGAUGAAAUUGCUGUACCCAAAGAUUUUGACCGGUUGUGCGAAGUUCUAGAGUACCUCAAGGCGAUGAUUCUCGAGAAAUCGAGGCGAUUCGUGGUGCAUCAGAUUAAGCUCUUGAGAAGUCACCAACCGAUUCCUUCACAACAGAUUCAGAAGAAGUUGAUCGAAGUAAAGGAGAUAUUUCAGUUUAUUGUCGAGAAUGAUCAUUCUUUAGCUUUGGAACUAAGGCAGGCCUAUGCCUAUAGCAUGAGGUGGUACUAUAAGGCGUACUUUGCCCGCUAUAUCCGAUCGUUGACGAUUUUACAAUUCAAAAGCAUCGAUUCGCAGUAUGCAUUGGGGAACGGACUUUCCAACACAUCCAUAAACAGAUCAACCACUUUCGGGAUAUCCAAUUAUCUAACGGCGAGCUACGGGAGGUCUGCUGGAACAAUCACAGACGAAUCGAUCCAGGAAUACUUUCAGGUCGAUAAAAGGAUCUCACUGCUUACACAGGAAGACAACACCGUCAUGGUGUCACAGAUCGCUGAAAAUAACACUAUGCAGAACUACAUCGAGAUCGGAUACAAGAACCUCAACCUAGCUAUUCUCGAUAACUGCCGAGUGGAAUUAGAAUUCGUUAAGACCUUUUUUCAAUUAAGUGCCAACGAGGAGGAAUCGCUAGGCCUCGUUGAACAGAUUUUCCAAAACACAUUCAAUGAAGCUUUGGAGUACACUAGACAACUAAUCCAACACACAUACGAUCUAUUCGGCGUUCUAAUAAACAUCAGAGUCACGCAACAGCUACAACUGGAGUCUGAGAAACAUCAUUUGACUGUGAUGAAGGAUUAUCUCGAUACUCAGCUGAUGAUAUUAUGGCCCAAACUGCAGCAGCUUGUUGAUUUCCAAUGCGAAAGCUUGCGUAAAGUGCCCAUAACCACCAGCAUAGCAAAGCUGUACGGUAGCCAAGAAGAUCCCCUCACAACACCACAUGAGCUAACGGUACAGUUCUCCCGAUUUUUGACCAGUCUUUUGAAGCUUGCGACAACGCAUGAGAAACAAGUAGACGAGAGAUCAGAGCCACUCUACAAUUCAAUCAUACGGAUAAGGAACGAUUUUGAAACAGUCAUGACAAAGUGUAGCAAAAAGUCCAAGUCUCCAGAGAGAAUGCUCGCGACGAAUUACAUGUACCUUUACAACGCCAUACAACACAUGCACAUACAUGAGCCCGACUCAGAACCAUUACCACUGAUCGUCAAAGAGACUGAGGACCAUUGCAAGGCUCUUGUUGAAGCGUUCAGCAAGGUCACAUGA